CAAACGCUCUUCUGAGUUCAUCGGCAUUCGUUUGUUGGCUGUGUACGAGAGCUCGUGUGUUUGAACGGAUUAACGCGCGUUGACUGUGAAUUGAUAUAAGCAACCAACACAUACGCACACAAACGUGCACAUGCAAGAGCAGUGGAUGCGACAAGAAUAGGAAAACGAAGAAGAAGAAGCAGUCGCAGUAGCAGACGGACCGUGAAAGUGAAUUGGGAUUUUGGGGACAAAGGCGGGAGCGGCGCGAUGAAAGCGUUUGCGAAAAGUGAAAUUAAUUUUCGUCUGCAACUGUGAAGCUGAAAUUCGUAAUCGGAUCGGAGUGGUUAGUGGUAGUGGCGUUAAUGGUGUCGAAUGGUCGGUCGUUAAAGAUUGUCAAGAAGUACAAAAAAAAUUAAACAACAACAACAACGAGAAGCAACGAACGGAAAAAUGAAGCGUACGGGUCUGUUAAUGAGGCUCAACAUUGAAGCAGCAACGAAAUAAUCAACUAGAAUAUCAAAAGCAGUGCGAAGUUCAACUUUCGAAAGCAAAAAAUGCAAGAACACAACUUUAACGCACUAUUCCCAUGACAUACGCAAUAUAGGCAAAAAAAAAACACCCACACACUCGCCACACCAACUAAACCACACAACUAAAUAUCGCUCAUCACCACCACGACCAACAUCGGGAUAUCACGUAUGACCGCCAACUCAGCAAUCACACAACGAAGUACAACAACAAAAACACGAUAAUGUGUAAAACGAAUGGAAGCAACAGUAGUAGAGGCAGAAGAAAAUCGCAAGAGUGCAGCAGCAGCAGCAGCAGAAGAACUAGCCUGAGUGGGAGUGGCGUGAUAAGCACUCGGCGAACGGGCUAUUGCACGCUGCUACUUUUAGUCAUACUCACAUUGGUGCACAUUCCCAGCGCGAGAUGCAAGCGAAAAGAAAUGGCUGCUGGUCGCCUGGAGAAUGUUACACAAACUAUCUCAAAAAUCCUACAAGGUUAUGAUAUACGACUGCGUCCGAAUUUUGGAGGCGAGCCAUUGCAUGUGGGUAUGGAUCUUACCAUUGCGAGCUUUGAUGCCAUUUCUGAAGUCAAUAUGGACUAUACCAUUACCAUGUAUCUGAAUCAGUAUUGGCGCGAUGAGCGGCUCGCCUUCAAUGCAUACGGACCAUACUAUGAUGACGAUGCGGACGAUGAUGGCGUUAAUGAUGUGUUGACGCUCUCGGGAGAUUUCGCAGAAAAAAUUUGGGUGCCAGACACAUUUUUUGCGAACGAUAAAAAUAGUUUCUUACACGACGUCACCGAACGCAAUAAAUUAGUGCGUUUAGGUGGCGAUGGCGCUGUCACCUAUGGCAUGCGCUUUACAACAACACUCGCCUGCAUGAUGGAUUUGCAUUAUUAUCCGUUGGAUUCGCAAAAUUGUACAGUGGAAAUUGAGAGUUAUGGCUACACCGUCAGCGAUGUGGUCAUGUAUUGGAAACCCACACCCGUACGUGGUGUCAUGGACGCCGAACUGCCACAGUUCACAAUAAUCGGCUAUGGAACGAACGAUCGUAAAGAGCGUUUGGCAACGGGCAUUUACCAGCGCCUAUCCCUUUCGUUUAAAUUGCAACGGAAUAUUGGUUAUUUUGUAUUUCAAACAUAUCUGCCAAGCAUAUUGAUUGUGAUGCUUUCGUGGGUGUCCUUCUGGAUCAACCAUGAGGCAACAAGUGCGCGCGUCGCAUUAGGCAUAACCACCGUGCUCACUAUGACCACAAUUAGCACCGGAGUGCGUAGUUCCUUGCCAAGGAUAUCUUAUGUCAAAGCCAUUGACAUUUACUUAGUGAUGUGUUUCGUGUUCGUCUUUGCUGCCUUACUCGAAUAUGCAGCUGUCAAUUACACAUACUGGGGCAAACGUGCCAAGAAGAAAGUGAAAAAGUCCAAAGAUGGUGAUGGCAGAAAAACAGGAAAAGGCGACAAAUCCGAAACGUGUUCAACAGCCGAUGAUAUCAUCGAAUUGCAGGAUGUACGCAUGAGUCCUAUACCCUCAUUGCGUAAGGCUAACUACAAUAGCACGCUCGGCUCCAUAGGCACCGAGACUGUGGACCUGGCAAAGUUUCCACCGAGCUUUAGAAUUACGCGCAACUAUGGCACGAAUCGUACACAUUUGCGCUAUAGAGGCCAAAAAG